UCUUACAAAGAGGCGUCGCGAGCCAUCAUCAUCCUGGUGGCCAUGCAUCGCAUCCUCACCGUGCUGGAGUUCAUCUUCCCGAUGGCCAUGCUGCUGUUCUGCUCCAUCCGGAUCUCCAGCUUCCUGAAGGAACGACGUAUGGGCAAACCCGACAAAGUGCGCAAGGCGAUGCGAGUGUGCAUCGCCAUCGUCGCAGUAUUCAUGGUAUGCUUUCUGCCCACCACGGUGACAACCAUCGGAGUGUGGAUCAUCCGCUCGUACCGCCCGUGGGACUGCACCAGCUUCUACAGAUUCACCCAGCUCAGCAUCGUGUCUCUGGGCUUGAACUUCCUGAACUCGGCCCUGGAUCCCAUCAUCUACAUCUUCUCCAGCUCCAUGUUCAGGAAGGCCCUGGUGGG